AUGUCGGACUCGCCCAAGAAGGCCACGAUCGUCAAGGAGAGCUGGGACGAGCCGCUCCCGAACGAGACCAAGACCAAGACCCAGACCUCUGCCGGUAGUACCAGUAACGCCGGCCGCGCCACCGACGACGCCGUCGACGAUUCGGAGGACCUGCCCGACGACUUUGCCGAGGUCCAGAAGACCAUCAGCGGCGAGCGCCGACGCCGCCAGAGCAAGCACAUCAAGGGCAUCCAGGACCUGCUGUCCUUCCCCUUCUCGCCCAACAUCCGCCCGCUGACCAUCUCGGACCUCGAGAGCUGCAUCGGCCUCGAGGAUGCGGCGUUUGCCAACCCGGCGCAUCGGUGCUCGCGGGAGAAGUUCGAAUACCGUCUUGGAGUAUGCCCAGAGCUGUGCCUUGGUGUUUUCUGCACCGUUAUUCCUGGCAAGGCCAAAGGCUUCGAGAUUAACACUCUCCGCACAGCCCACCCAGUCGAGACAGGCCGCAAAGAUGGUGCUGUGAGCGUCAUGAUGGCUCACAUCAUAUCAACGAGGUCGAACGAGGAGUUGGUGACGGACCAAGCCAUGGACUACCCUCGGGACUUCAAGACCCGGGAGCCCAACACGGCGGGCCUAGGUCACCAAGAGACCGGACGAACCAUCUGCAUCCACUCCCUUGCGGUUGAUCCGAAGCUUCAGGGUUGUGGCAUGGGCAAGCUGAUCAUGAAGGCAUACCUGCAACAGGUCAAGAACUCUAAUCUGGCCGAUCGUCUCUCGCUCAUUGCGCAAGGGUACUUGGUCAACUACUACAAGAGAUUCGGCUUCAAGCAUGUCGGACCGAGCAAGGCCUCCUUCGGUGGUGGAGGUUGGCAUGAUAUGACAUUCGAACUAGGUGGUUCGCCACCCAAGCAGAACGAUUGA